AAGAUCUAAAAGGCAAAGACAGAGAGGGCUCAAGCGGUUCCUGUCUGGUAGUCUGUUCUUGUUCCUGGGCUGGUCAUCAGGGCCGCAAAAUCCCUGUCAGUGAGGAGGGAAUGGUCCCUUCCCACAAAUGACUGAAAACAGGCUAGUAGGCUAGAGCAUGCACAGGUAGUAGACAGGUGUAUUUACUAUUUUUUUUUACAGGUUUACAUUUGUGUUUGGAUGUUAUUUUGUUCAGGUUGUUUUGCCAUACAGUACGUAUGUACGUAAAAAAAAGAUGGCAUUGCCUGUUAUAAAACCUGCUGAACAUGUUCCCCAUGAUUACUUGCGUCAAUUAGGCCUAUGCAGUAGGCUAAAACAUAUUCACAUUUCAUAGAAUAUAUAAUAUCAGAGAGCAGAAUUUACCUUUCUUCGACAUAGCAGUCUGUCAUAGGAUCUGCCUACCCAACAGGCUACUCAAGCCUAGGCUACUCAAGACUCAAGAAAAAAACCUCACACCUCAUUGCAUUCAGGGUGCGCAUGCGAGCGUGUUACAGUACAUGCAUGUCCCUUCAUGUCCCAUGACACAACGAAGUUAGUUAUUGCAGGUAUGCUAAAUGCAAAGUACUGGGCAGCUGUGAGAUGGCCAACAAAAGCCAUAGAGACCCAUAGAGCCAAGCAGAACGACGUAAGGACUUGAAAAACGGAGGUAAAAAGCUUCCAUUGGGAGAGGCUUUGUGGAUACACACCAGGCGCACAAGAGCGCGCUGCGCACUUUGUGCUAGGCCUACUCCUAUUCAGUAGGUGGCGAAAUAGCAUGUGCAUGUUAUGACAUGACAUAUCGAGUUAGUGCUGUAGAAGAACCGUACGUUUGUCUACACAGGGAACGCCAGGUUGUUAGACCUGUGUACAAUAAGUGUAUCCAACAAAAUGACAGGUACGAUGUGGAUUUGGUAACUGCCACAGUAGCUGUACUUAUGUCGUAUCCUGCUCGUGGGUUGAGAGGUUAGUUGCUUUUAAGUGAACGGUAGCUGUCGCGGUGGAGCUAGUAAUCCAGAUAGAUAGAUAGCUAGCUAGCAUAGAUAGCAAAGAAGGCAAAUCAAAAUGUCGAUUCAGUAUGAGGAACCACUGGGAAGCUACAGUGGCGACUCUUUGAAAGACUUCGACUAUGGAGUGGACGAACCCGACAUCGAGGACAAUUCACCCUCCUCUGAUAGCAAACCAAGAAUAUUGCUAAUGGGUUUGCGACGGAGCGGGAAGUCAUCUAUUCAGAAGGUGGUCUUUCAUAAGAUGUCGCCCAAUGAGACCCUGUUCUUGGAGAGCACUAACAAAAUCUACAAAGAUGACAUAUCGGACAGCUCCUUUGUAAAUUUCCAGAUCUGGGACUUCCCAGGUCAAGUGGACUUUUUUGACCCUACCUUUGAUUAUGAGAUGAUCUUCAGGGGAACUGGUGCUUUGAUCUUUGUGAUAGAUGCACAGGAUGACUAUGUUGAAGCCCUAGGUAGGCUGCAUUUGACGGUGUCGCGAGCCUUCAGAGUGAAUCCAGACAUCAACUUUGAGGUCUUUAUUCAUAAAGUGGACGGCUUGUCUGAUGACCACAAAAUUGAGACCCAGAGAGAUAUACACCAGAGAGCCAACGAUGACCUAGCAGAUGCCAGUCUAGAAAAGCUCCACCUCAGCUUUUAUCUAACCAGCAUAUAUGAUCACUCCAUAUUCGAGGCCUUCAGUAAAGUAGUUCAGAAGCUCAUCCCUCAGCUCCCUACACUAGAGAACCUUCUAAACAUCUUCAUAUCGAAUUCUGGGAUUGAGAAGGCUUUCCUGUUUGACGUUGUCAGCAAGAUCUACAUCGCCACAGACAGCUCCCCUGUGGACAUGCAGUCAUAUGAGCUGUGUUGUGACAUGAUUGACGUUGUCAUAGAUGUUUCCUGUAUUUAUGGCCUCAGAGAAGACGGCAGUGGAAGCGCCUAUGACAAAGAGUCUUUAGCCAUUAUCAAGCUCAACAACACCACAGUCCUCUACCUGAAGGAGGUCACCAAGUUCCUGGCACUAGUCUGCAUCCUUAGGGAGGAGAGCUUUGAGAGAAAAGGUUUGAUAGACUACAACUUCCACUGUUUCCGCAAAGCCAUCCAGGAAGUGUUUGAAGUGGGCUCCUCUGUCCAAAGAUCGGGUUUUCUGGACGGCAGCCCGCCCACCAGCAGCCUAGCAAGCUUGAAGGCAGGAGCUCUCAACGGCACCCCCAGGAAUGUUAUUUGAUAUUUGGAACAGUGGGGGCAAGGUGACUGGCAGGGGGUAUGGGUGGGGUGGGGUGGGGUGGGGUGAGUGGGGUAUACAGAGAGCCUGCCCACUAACCACAGAAGCCUUCAUAAACUCGGGGGGUGGGGGUGGGAUGUAGAGAACAAUGGUGAGACACUAGUAGUGAUGACAUCACCAUCCGGGGACUGACGAUGAGGACACUAAGAAGUAUUUCUUUCUCUGAGGCCUGGUUGUUAUGCUAGGAUAUGGGGAGAGGGUCAGAUGUUCUUGGUGUCCUUGUACUGUUACACUUGGGGGGGGGGGGGGGGACUAUCUGGAAAAAAUAGGACGCCACUUUUCUUUGCCCCCAUACCAACAAGUUUACCUACCAUGAAUCACAGCUCCAGUAUUAUGGGAUGUUGGCUGCUUAUAAGGCUGUGAGUGCAGUGUGUUGGAAAUCAGUGAUCAUUGAGGUUUCAAGUGAGAGGCCGUGUGGAGCUGGAGCUGGAGUGGACCACAAUGAAUUUGUUUCCACCCGGGCCAUGCUGGGUUGGAUGCCCAUCUGUUUAUCUGGACUCCAGGUAUCCCUGACGAUACAGGGAUUGUGAUUAUCUGUGAUGUGUGAGCAGUACUUUUACAGCAACCUCUCAUAAUGGGUCAUGCUCCAAUGAGAAUGCACAUGGUUUUGGACGUUCUGGGAAAAUGCGAAACGUCCUGAAGCUCUGUGGGUGACUAAACAUCAGGAAAGUGCAGCUGUUCCUCUGAGAGCUACUUACACUCCACUGCCAAGCGUGCCCUUAUUUGUAAGCGCAGUGAAGAUUUACACACCUCUGUCUGAGAUCAGCAAACACGAAACACAGACAGCUGUGUAUGUUUACAUUUGUACAGAUCGCCCCCACCCUGCUGUGAUGCUGCACUUACUGAAAAUGACUUAAGUUCAGAAGGCAAACAGACUGAAAGAAAAAGAGAGUGGAGUUGGAGAAUAUAUAUUUUGAUGUUUAAAUAUAUAUUUUCAUGCUCCAGAUAUUUUGUAAAAUGUAUGUGCGUUUUUUUUUGUUAGUUUUUUUUUAAAAUCAAAACAUGUAACUGUUGAUUGAGUGAGAGUGUGUGUAUGCCUGCGUGUGUUUUGGUGUGUGUGUGUUUUUCUUUUUGGGGACCAAUGUUGCAGCCAGUAUUCAGCCCAAGCACUUAUCCCCGAUAUGUCUGGUUGAAUACAAACUUGGAUUCAGAUUCAAAUUGGUCAAAGGCCUGACUCGGUCUGGUUAAAGUAGUCAUCUUAUUUCUGAGUCAAUUCCAGUGCCUCAGACAUCAUAUGUUUUGAAAUUCAAUAUGUGCUGUAAAAUGACCAUGGACAAUGGAAACCACCGUUGGAUAAGAUAUAACCGUAUAUGACUUAUUUUUAAGCAAGGAAAUGAACACUUAUUGUGGUAAAUAAUAAAUAAAUUGUGAAAUACCAUUA